GCAGGUUCGUUAUCUCCCACGUUCGAUCAUUGCCAAAAGAUUCAUCUCAAAUUUCGUUCGCUCUCCUUGAUUGUUAAAAAAAUGGCAGGUCGCGGAAAAACUCUCGGAUCGGGUGCAGCGAAGAAAGCAACGUCUCGUAGCAGCAAGGCGGGGCUCCAAUUCCCGGUGGGUCGUAUCGCUCGAUUCCUCAAAGCCGGUAAAUACGCCGAACGUGUCGGAGCUGGUGCUCCGGUUUAUCUCGCCGCCGUCCUCGAGUAUCUAGCCGCCGAGGUACUUGAACUGGCUGGAAACGCAGCGAGAGACAACAAGAAGACACGUAUCGUCCCUCGUCACAUCCAGCUCGCCGUGAGAAACGAUGAGGAGCUAAGCAAGCUUCUUGGAGAUGUGACUAUUGCCAAUGGAGGAGUGAUGCCCAAUAUCCACAACCUCCUUCUCCCCAAGAAGUCUGGUCCUUCAAAAGCUCAGGAAGAUUAGGUCUCCUUAACACAAUAAAUAGGACAAAGUCGAUCUCUGACUCUGUUUUCUCUUUGGCUUUCAUAUAAAAUAAACGUGUACUAGCUAAUAUAGAUCACUUGUGACAAAAAAAAAAACAGAAAGCUAAUAUAGAUCACAUGUAGUAGUAGUGGCUAUGUUUCUUUAUGUUGCUUGUUGGACAUCUUUGUUUUUAGUUUGUGUAAAUAUGAAAAUGUUUUACGAAAA